AUGAGGGGUCCAGCCCGUUUCAAACUAUUUGGCGGGGAGGAACAAGAUGAAAAAUGGGAUGGCGAGAGAGCGAGUCCACUUGGCCGCCUGCAGGAGCUUAUUAUUGUCAAGUCAGUGCUCAAGCUCAAUAGUUCGUCCGCUGAAAAAUUAAUCAAUGCCGGAUUACCGAAAGAAAAACAAGGUUGUGGUGUGCAGGCGCGCAAGUCCAUUGGCUCGCUGGCGAUGGUUUUUCAGCCUGCCAUGACAAGGCACAUUCUCGAUAACGCGGUAGCUGCAAUACCCGCUCGCUACCUCCAGCCCGCUCGCCACAUCGACGCAGCGUACGAUUUGGGUGGCAUGUCACUGUCAAGUGGGCAACAGCUUGUCAAUCCACAUGACUUGGAAGAGACGCAGGAGACGCAUGUCAGUCAGGUCGCACGGCUAUCGCUGAAUGGGUGUGUUGCGGCGGCGCUAUGCUGGAUAGAGCUUUGCGGGCACCAGCAAUACAUUUCCGAUUUCAAAGGAACCACUCAUUAA